AUGGAGAAGCAGGAUUCCAUUAGACCCUCAUCACCUGUAGUUGCUCAUGAAGUGGUAACUCCAAUCCAAAUUGAUGUUGGUGAGGGUGAUUUAGGGUUAGCAUUAACCUUAUACAAAUCAGCAACACCUGAAUUUAGUAGGUCUAAAGGUUGGAAACAUAGUAAAGGGGCAUCGUCUUGUAGUAGAAAGCUUAACUUGGAUUGGGAAGGUGCUGAAAAAACAAUGGCAUGUGGUGAAGUUGAUAAGGGUAAGGGUGUAGAACGAUUUGUAGAUGAAUUUGUUGUAGUUGAUGCAGAAAAAGAGUUAAACAACGAGAUUGAUGUGAAUGAAGAACUUGAUGUGAACAAAUCCAAUGGUGAGGGUGUAGAAGGAUUUGCAAAUGAGGGGUAUAGAGUUGUCAUGGAUAAUGAUCCUGAAGGAGUCAAUGAAUUUUCAACUAACAUCAACAUAGAUGAUGAGUUAAUGACAAACUUUCAACCUUUUGAAGGGUUUGAAGACCAAGAUAGCAUCCCAUUUAAUGGGUUUGAAGACCAAGAUAAUAUUCCUUUCAAUGAUGAGUGGAGACAAGAGGAGCCUAAUGACAUUGCGUUUGAGAAUCAAAACAGUGAAGAUGAAGAUAGUGACUUUAUGAUUGAUGAGGACAACAUAAUUGAAGAUGUUGACGUUGACAUGGAGGAUUUCAAUCUAAAUAUUGAUACAGAAGCAAAGUUCAAUGGAUGUCAAAGAAUGGGUGGUCAAAGAAAUGAAGAUAGUGAUGAAGAAGAUGAUUUGGAGGUAAUUGACAAUGACGAGUGGGAUUCACUAAGUGAUGACUCAGGGGACAACAGGAAAAGAAGAGAAAUGAUCAAAGAGCUAGGGAAACAAACCUUAUGUUCUGCUGGUGAGGUGCACAAGGUAGCUUUUCAUAUUGGGUAG